CAGAGCAGAGGAAGGCGAGAUUCAGUGAGAGCUUUUACCUGGAAAUGUAUGCGUUUUUGCUACAUAGUUUGUGACUUUAUAUUUUCCAUUGGGGUAAAUUCGUUUUAGCCUAGUCGGACUGAUCAUAGACCAUAUUCCCACAUUGCGCAGUGGAGAUGGUGAGUGUUCCGGACGCAGUUGUUCUUCACGAUGGGGAGACUGUAGUCAAGGAGCAAAUGGAACCUGAGGACUGCAGCGAGAUGGCGAUGGAAGCUCGGUGUCGGGCUGGAGAUGAGAAGGCUGACCGGUGGCGGUCUCUGGGAAUCGUAUGGAGAAACGUUAUCCUCAUGGCCCUUCUGCACAUCGGGGCGGUGUAUUCCAUCCUUGUUAUCCCCAGAGCGAAGCUCCUUACCUGGGUCUGGUCCUACGUGUGUUUCAUCGUGACAGCCCUGGGGGUGACAGCAGGGGCCCAUCGGCUGUGGAGCCACCGCUCCUACAGGGCCAAGCUUCCUCUCAGAGUCUUCCUCGCAGCCGCCAACUCCAUGGCCUUCCAGAAUGAUAUCUAUGAGUGGGCAAGAGACCACCGUGUGCACCACAAGUUCUCAGAGACAGAUGCAGACCCCCACAAUGCAACACGAGGCUUUUUCUUCGCUCACAUUGGCUGGCUGUUUGUGCGUAAACACAGUGAUGUCAUCGAGAAGGGAAGAAAGCUGGACGUCACUGAUCUCUUGGCUGACCCCGUGGUCCAGUUCCAGAGAAGGUAUUAUAAGACCUCAGUCCUGAUCAUGUGCUUCCUGGUUCCCACUGUGGUUCCCUGGUACUUUUGGGGUGAGACACUGUGGAACUCCUACUUCCUGGCAUCCAUCUUGCGUUACACGGUCUCGCUCAACGUCACCUGGCUGGUGAACAGCGCCGCCCACAUGUACGGGAACCGGCCGUACGACCAGAACAUCAGCCCCCGCGAGAACCGCUGGGUCACCUUCGGAGCCAUCGGUGAGGGUUUCCAUAACUUCCACCACACGUUCCCCUUUGACUACUCUACCAGUGAGUUCGGCCUGCGCUUCAACCCCACCACCUGUUUUAUCGAUCUCAUGUGCUGGAUGGGCCUGGCCAGCAACCGCAAGAAAGCCUCCGUGGAAACAAUACAGUUCAGGAAACUAAGGACAGGGGAUGGGAGCUACGGAGCGGUCAACAGCACACAAGAUAAAGAAGCAUGAGUGGUGGUUCUCACUGAACCAAGUCGUGGUUGAGAAGUCCAUGAGAAUCUAACGGACCGUGGAAGAAGUGGCGGGUAGAUAUUCAAUAUAUCAGUCAAAACAAGGCCGUACUGCAGCUUCCAUGGCGACGAAUUAGUUGUUUAAAAAACGCUUGCAGGAGCAUUUCAGCGUUAUCUACUCACUAUGCUGAAAGUUCAGUCUCCACAUUUACAUGACACCACACCACUACUCUCAGUUAUAAAACAGAAGUCUCUCGUUCAUGAUGUACUUCGUAGUGGGAGCGAUUCAGAUUUGAAUUCAAUACAAGACAGAACAUGAGAAAAAGACGUGAGGUUACGAGAGCAUGUUCCUGAACUUUGAUCUAUCCCUUUGAUGAAUUGAUUCCACUCUAUUAUCAUGUGUAAGGAGUGAUAACAUUACCAUAGGACUUGUAUUACUGCUCUACUGUACUUUAUAGUAUUGUUGAGAGAUGAGCUCAUCUGUUGUAUGCCUGUGUUUUCCUCCCCCAGUGGUGGAAUGGCUGUAUUUGUUUGUUAUCUGUACCUGUCUUGUGUGGGUUUUAUACUGUGUCGAUAUCAAUAGCCUAUAUACUUCUGGUUUAGUUCUAAUUGGACACACACAUACAGUUGUGUUUAGCUAACCUUGUGGAGACACACAAUUGAUUCCCAUUCAAAAUCCUAUUUUCUCUAACUCCUUACUCUAAACUGAACCCUAAAUCGAACCCUUACCCUAACCCGAAAACCCAACUCCUAACC